UCGUCCACGAAAUGAAGCGUGGAGGGAAGGGGUGUGGAGACAAGAAGCUGAGUCUGAGAGAGAGAAGGAAGGAGAGAAGACACGCUGAGGGAGGGGAAAAGGUCAGGGACUUGGGGGGGUUAUUGCACUGAUAGAAAUAAGAGGAGAGUCGCUUUAGCAGAAGAAACUGCGGAUCCGAAGGGAAAUAAACAGCAGACUUCUUCAACCAACUGACUGCACGCGAGGCGCACGUUCAAAUUGGACUCUUUUUUUCUCCACUAUUAUUUUCUGAAACGGUCGUUUAGGUGAAGUCCUCAAACCACAGCGAGAUUUGGACCGUGCGUAAUUUGGAGAGUUGUUGGCACGCUGCGUCAGGAUGCGCGUCUGUCCGCUGCUGGUCUUCUUCUGUCUGCUGUGCGCUGGACGUCCUCAGAAGUUCUCUGCUCUCACGUUCCUGCGGGUGGAUCAGGAUAAGGAGUGCAACAUGGAAUGCAGCGGGGCUCCCCGUAAGCCCCUCUGCGCCUCCGACGGCAGGACCUUCACAUCUCGCUGCGAGUUCCUCCGAGCCAAGUGCCGUGACCCCCAGCUGGAGGUCAUCCGAGGGCCAUGCAAAGAUACAUCCAGAUGUGUUGCAGAGAAGAAGUACACAGAGCAACAGGCCAAGAAGCUUUUCCCACAGGUCUUUGUGCCUGUAUGCAACCCUGAUGGCACGUACAGCGAGGUUCAGUGCCACAGCUACACUGGCUACUGUUGGUGUGUCACCCCCAAUGGGAGACCAGUGAGCGGCUCUGCGGUGGCCAAUAAAAAGCCGAGAUGUCAAGGAUCCAAACAAGAGAGAGCGACCACGAGAGAGCCGAGUAAAGCAGUUUCCUUGCAAAUAUUCUCCAUUCUAAACGCAGAUGAGACCGGCCUGGUGGCAGACAUGCAGCCUUCUACAGAUGAUGAAGAAAUCACCUCCCAGUACCCCACUUUGUGGACAGAACAUUUCCGCCGGCAGAACAACAGAACCAGGACAUCAUCGUUUUCAUGUGAUCAAGAGCUGCAGUCUGCCUUGGAGGAGGUGAAGCAUCAAAAACCAGAAGCUGUCUUCAUCCCAGACUGUGCCCAGGAAGGGCUCUACAAGCCGGUCCAGUGCCACCCGUCCACGGGUUACUGCUGGUGUGUGCUUGUAGAUACCGGGAGGCCCAUUCCAGCAACAUCCACGAGGUUUGAGCAACCAAAAUGCGAUGGUAAUGCAAGGGCCUAUCCACCAAAACCCAAGGACCACUUUCGGAACAGACAUCUCCUGGGCUGUCCUGGGGCGAAGAAAACUGAGUUCCUGACAAGUGUUCUUGAUGCGCUGUCGACAGACAUGGUGCAUGCUGUCACAGAUCCAGCAUCCGCCGGAAGGAUGGCUGAACCUGAUCCCAAUCACACGCUGGAGGAAAGGGUCGUCCACUGGUACUUCGGCCAGCUUGACAAAAAUGAGAGCGGGGACAUUGGAAAGAAGGAAAUCAAGCCUUUUAAACGCUUCCUGCGGAAGAAGUCCAAACCAAAGAAGUGUGUUAAGAAGUUUGUGGAGUACUGCGACAUCAGCAACGACAAGGCGCUGUCUCUGCAGGAGCUGAUGGGCUGCCUGGGUGUCAUCAAGGAGGAAGGGUCCAAACCAGGAGAAGGUUUGCCUUCCAGUAAACUAAAUCCCUCGAAGAAGCAAGGCUAAACCCAACGACUGAGACUUCCCCGCUGGAGUGGAGAAUCUGCCCUCACCAAUCGGCAACAACAGAAACCAUAGUAUUUGCACUUUGUACUUUAAAAAGAUGUAAAUUCACUUUGUAGAAAUAAGGUAUUUAAACAAACUGCUGAUCUGUGAAUGGUGUAGUUAGCUUAUUGUGCCCUGACAAACAAAACUGUUUAACACAUACAAUGUAUGUGUUCUUUGUCAGUCGUAUGAUGUGCUCUUCCAGGUUGUACAAGUUUUUCAUGUUUCAUAGCCUUUGCCCAACUUUAGACUCCUCUCCCGUUGAUGGUAUUAAGGCGGAUGUAUGUAUAGUUUUCUGCAUGAUAACUUAGACCACAGCAUCCUGAGCAGUUUCAAGUUUUCCUGUAAAGCAGUUUGCAAGAAUGUAAUAAACAUGCAGUACAUCUUAAAUGUCUUUUGUGAACACUCAUAUUAACUUUUAUUAGAAAUAAAAACCUCUUUUCUACA